UAUUUAAAUAUUGACUGCAUAGAAUAAUUACACUAUUUUCAUUCUGGACACAUAUGUGAUCGGACAAAAUGGCUUUCGCAAUUGGCAAUGUUCGUUUGCAAGUGAAGGAGACGGGGCGCACAGUUACGAUACCAAAUGAUCCUAGAGCAAAGCUUAUGUAUUACCUAGAUUGUGUGUGCAGUGCUUUGGCUCUGGACAGCUCGGACACUCAGAAUAUCGAACGACUGCGGGACUAUCAGAACUAUCGAUAUUUGAAUGAAGAACAAAAAAGUGAGCUCCUGAUACUGUGUGCAAUGAUAUCUCCAGACGUGCUUCUGAACAAGGUUUUCUUCCAAAAUGAUGAGAUGUGUGGCGACAAAAGCAACAACUUCUAUGAAAUUGGAACCAUCUCCAACAGAAUGUUAGUCUCGAGGUCGAUCGUCAUUGGUGGUCAAACGAGAAAUAUCCGAAAAAUCAUGACUUUUAAAAUGGAUUGGUUAAGGAAUUAUUAUAUCACACCCAUGCAAGCGAUUGCACGGGAAAUGGAAGAAGCGGAGGAGAGACGCAGGCGUGCAAUUGCUGCACGAAGACGAAAUGAUGACAGUUGCAUUAUUUUGUGAUGUAAUACUAACGCAAGGAGCGUGAUCACUACAUUUUGUGUAUAUUACUGCAAAAGAAUUUCUGGAUCUGAUUUAUUAGUUUUCAAUCCAAUAACGUUUAAUGUUUUGCUGUAUAGCUUAAUUUCUUUCAAGGUGUGUUUUUUGAAUAACUCAUUUUAUUUAUUUUAUUUUAUUGUUACAGUUAUUUUAUUACAGUUGUAUUGAAUGAAUGUCUAUUCAUUUCCUAGUCAAAGACAAAAGCUAAAUGCAAAU